CACCAUCGCCCGGCCAGCGGAGAGCUGCGGCUGGGCCAGCCCGAGCCUCGGUGGGCGCCUGCAAGGACAAGAUCGCGGGCUGCCGCCGUCCAGCCGGGGCCCCGAAGCUGAGCGGAGUUCAUCCGCGCCGAGCCGUGCAGUGGGAACGCCUAUGCCCGACCUAGAGGCCGCUCCGCGCCCCCGCAGUGUGCACAGUCCCGGGCCGGCUGCCCCCGGGGCCUUGCGUCCCUGCCGCCACGACCCGCCGCGGCCCGACCGAAGUGGCGGCCCGACCCCCGCCGUCUCGUCCGAGCAGUGAGGGUUCCCCGAGGGGAGGAACGGGCCCGGGGCGGGCCGUGGCCCCCGGCUACUGUGAGGUCAGCGCGCCCGCCCCGUGGGUCACAAUGCAGCCUGCGCCCUCGACGGCCCGUCCCCGCCGCGCGCCCCGCCCCGCCGCACCAGACACCUGCCCGGCUACCCCUGGACCAGAGCGUCCUCCUGCGGCCAGGGCUCGGGCAGCUGUUUCCCGCCUGGGACCGGCUCCGGCCUCCGGCAGAGCUUCCCGGGGCCCGGACAUGAGCGCCCAGGAGCCCCCGCAAGGUCGGAGAUUUCCCAUUGAGGCCGGAGACUCCCCCGGCCUGGCCGCAGCCCCCGAGCCCCAGGACAGCACGGAGCCCGUAGCUACGGAGCACACCCCGGUCAGGCCGCUGCGACGCUGCCCUGGCUGCCACUGCCUGACGCUGCUGCACGUGCCCAUCGACGUCUACCUGGCAAUGGGCGGAAGCCCCCGGGCCCGCGCUACCUGAGUGCGCCUGCGCGGCGGCUCCGAGGGGGCCGGGCGGGGGCGGAGCCGGCCGCGGGGACACCGCGCUGAGGUCGCGCGCGCCGAGCACGAGACAAUGAUGCACAUUUUAAAAUAAAAGAAUGAUGCACAUUUUAAUAAAA